AUGCCUAAUCUCUCCAAGGAUCUUCGACAAGAACUCAGUGCCAAAUACGAGAUCAACUAUGGUGAAGUUAAGCUGGAUAAGGUGGCAUUGGAUAACACUCGUAAAUUCUUAAUUGGAUUCAACACAAAACAAGACCCUAAAGCAAUUGUAGAAACCGUCAUCAUACCCGAGAUAAAACGAUCGACGCUUUGUGUAUCUUCUCAAAUUGGAUGCUCUCUCAAUUGCAGCUUUUGUCACACAGGCACACAGAAAUUAGAGCGUAGUUUAAGCUCGGGGGAGAUUGUGGGUCAAUACAUGAUUGCGGCCUCUGCUUGUGGUGAUUUCCCGUUUGCGGAUGAAAAGAAAAAGAUGUUGUCUAAUAUGGUCUUUAUGGGUCAAGGUGAACCCUUGUACAAUUGGCGUCAUGUCAGUAAAGCCAUUCGAGUACUUACAGACGUUCAAGGUCUGAACUGGUCCAAGCCUAAAAUCACCAUCUCUACCUCUGGUGUAGUUCCUUUAAUACCCAAGAUUGCAACAGAGUUGGGUGUAUCGUUAGCUAUUUCGCUUCAUGCGACCAACAAUGAAUUACGAGAUAUCCUCGUACCUUUAAACAAGACUUUCCCUCUUGAAAUGGUCUUGGAAGCCUGUAAAUCGUAUGCACAUCAUAUGGGCAACAGAGGAAGAAGAAUUACUUUUGAAUAUGUUAUGCUGGAUCACGUGAAUGAUUCGUUAUCCGAUGCUAGACUUAUGGUCAAAUUAUUAAAACAGUUACCUGCCCACGUCAACCUGAUGUAA